AUGGACUCACAUGUACUCAUCAAUUCUGUGAUCUCAUCCCCAUUUUUCACCUCCCCUUCUACUUCAUCAACUUCACCCCAAUCAUCAUCUAUAGGUCAUCCUCCAUCUCAUGAUGAUGAAUCUCCUCCUCCUGCUCUUGUGAUCAGACCUUGUGGUGCUUGUAAAGGCCUCCGUCGACGAUGUGUUGAAGCAUGCAUCCUGGCACCAUACUUCCCCCCGACGGAACCCCUUAAGUUCUUGGCUGUGCACAGGGUGUUUGGAGCUAGUAAUGUAGUCAAGUUCUUGCAGGGACUUUCACAGUCUCAAAGAGCUGAUGCUGUGGAUAGUAUGGUUUACGAGGCGAUGACAAGGAUUAGAGACCCAGUGUAUGGGUGUGCAGGUGUAAUUUGUAAUCUGCAGAAACUCAUAAACCAGCUUCAGAUGGAGUUGGCUACUACAAAGGCUCAAUUUCUCAAUGUGACAUCUCAACAGGAGAACCUGCAAGAGACCAACAUAAGGGAAAAGAAAGCUCAACUGCCCACAUUGCAACAAUCAUCACUAGAAGACUUCAUGUUUUGUAGUAGUCCUUAUUCCUUCCAGAAUUGCGAAAACUUCUCAUGGGACAACUCAUUUCUUCCCUUUGAUGAUGGAGGGAUUUAG